AUUAACGCUGUUGUCUUUCACAGUUUCCCAGGUUUAUAUCUGAUUUCACCGGGAGCCGGUCUAUCAGUUUGCUCUUUAGACUGGGACAGGCCAGCGAAGCUCGGGGACAGCUCGUCUUGGGAUCAGCUAUAGCUCCAUGCCAAAUCAGCAGAGAAUUAAUCCUGAAAAUGAAGAGUCAAGCCCCAGCAAGUGUUACUCAGACAGAGCGCUCGGGGACCAGGGAACAAAAAAAGCCCAGUCCCAAACCUGAGAAAGAAGCCAUGAAGCUCAGUGACAAGGACCCGGCCGCUAACAAAGAAAGCGAUUUGGAGGAAAAGAAAUCGAACUGGUCCUGCUCGCUCAUCGUGGCCUCUCUCAUGGGCGCCUUCGGCUCCUCCUUCCUGUACGGGUACAACCUCUCCGUGGUGAACGCCCCCACUCCGUACAUCAAGGCCUUUUACAAUGAGACGUGGGAGAGGAGGCACGGAUACCCGAUCGACCCCGACACCCUGACGCUGCUCUGGUCGGUCACCGUGUCCAUAUUCGCCAUCGGUGGACUCGUGGGGACGUUCAUGGUGAAGCCGAUGGGAAAGUUUUGUGGGAGGAAGUGCACGUUACUGGUCAACAAUAUCUUCGCGAUUACCGCUGCGCUGCUGAUGGCCUGCUCGCUCCAGGCAGGAGCCUUUGAAAUGCUCAUCGUGGGCCGCUUCGUCAUGGGCGUGGAUGGAGGCAUCGCCCUCAGCGCGCUCCCCAUGUACCUGAGCGAGAUUUCGCCCAAGGAGAUCCGGGGCUCCCUGGGGCAGGUGACCGCCAUCUUCAUCUGCAUUGGGGUGUUCACCGGGCAGCUGCUGGGCCUGCCUGAGCUGCUGGGCAAGGAGAGCACCUGGCCGUACCUGUUUGGAGCCAUCGCCAUCCCUGCCUUGGUCCAGCUGGUGAGCCUGCCCUUCCUCCCGGAGAGCCCGCGCUACCUGCUGUGUGAGAAGCACGACCAGGCGGCGGCCGAGAAAGCCUUCCGGACGUUCCUGGGCAAGGAGGACGUGUCCCGAGAGGUGGAGGAGGCCCUGGCCGAGGGCCGCAUGCAGAGGAACAUCCACCUGGUGUCCGCGCUGGAGCUGCUCAGGACCCCCUUCGUCCGCUGGCAGGUCAUCACCGUGGUGGUCACCAUGGCCUGCUACCAGCUCUGCGGCCUCAACGCGAUUUGGUUCUACACCAACAGCAUCUUUGGGAAAGCAGGGAUCUCUCCGGAAAAGAUCCCCUACAUCACCCUGAGCACCGGCGGCAUUGAGACUCUGGCUGCCGUGUUCUCUGGCUUGGUCAUCGAGCGCCUGGGACGGAGGCCCCUGCUCAUCGGCGGCUUCGGGCUGAUGACCCUCUUCUUUGGGAUCCUCACGGUCACGCUGACGCUGCAGGACCACGCCCCCUGGAUCCCUUACCUGAGCAUCGUCUGCAUCCUGGCCAUCAUUGCGUCCUUCUGCAGCGGCCCAGGCGGCAUCCCCUUUGUCCUGACCGGCGAGUUCUUCCAGCAGUCCCAGCGGCCGGCGGCCUUCAUCGUGGCAGGCACCGUCAACUGGCUCUCCAACUUCGCCGUGGGCCUCCUCUUCCCCUUCAUCCAGAAAAGCCUGGGCACCUACUGCUUCCUGGUCUUCGCCGCCAUCUGCUCCGCGGGUGCUCUCUACUUAUAUUUCGUCCUCCCUGAGACCAAAAACCGAACCCACGCCGAAAUCAGCCAGGCAUUUGCCAAAAGGAACAAGGCCUACCCACCAGCGGAGAAGACAGACUCAGCCGUCACUGACGACAAGGCCACGAACAGGCCGAAACCAGAGGCCUCCUCCACGCUGGACAAUUACAUCAAAAGUGGGAUUAUCUAAACCACGGGGGCGGGGGGACAUAUUUUUCUGCCAAGAGCCAUUGAAUAUUUGUGACAUCAUCCUCAGGCCAUAUAGAAUCAUCCACUCAAAAAUCAGCCUGUUCUAUUUGUCCGAACCUUUCAUUAACUCACCCUAAUGCCUUGGCAGGGCCAGACCACAUGGUUCCUAGGGUUUUAACAGCCUCCGGGCCGGACGGUCCCCACCCAGGUCAUCACGGGUGGUCUCACCAUUUCAGAAAACCAAAGAUCCCCCUACACAUUGAACAUUAGUAAGUAUUUAAAAAUGAGACUUUGCUCACUUAAUACUGCAACCAUUUGGGUGUCAUGCAUGGCUGAGUCCCCCAAACUCUUCUGGAAGCUGGAAACAACCACCCUGUGUGUUAGCAGACCCAACAUUCUCCUAGACGGGUCCACGCCUGCCUUCUUCAUGUCUGAGCCCAUGGUUCCGAGGUGAAAUCGGGGAGGGAGCCCCCCAAUGGUUUCUGGAAGGAACGCAGUCCCUGCUCUACCUGCCGUAGCUGUGAGCUGCCCCCAGUGGGAUCCUGAGUCCCCAGUGCACCUGGGCUUGGGUCCUGGGUGCAGAUGUCCAGAACUCGGGUGAAGGACUCUUCAGACCGCCUGGCAAAUGCCUGGCUCCCAUCUCUGGCUCUGUCCUGUGGAUCUCCGGCUCAGGGGAGCCUGGUGCCAACCCCUCCCUCUGCUCUGCCUUUCCUGGCUCUGUCCCAUGGGGCUCAAGGCCUCCAGCCCUGAAGCACCGUCACCUCCGAGCACCAGACAUGUCGCAGAGAACAGAGAGAGGACCCAGAUGUGGGAGUCCCAGAGAGGCCGACGCAAGAAGUAGCGUUUCAGGAGGUGGGGCAGGCCCUGCAAAUCGAACGCUUUUCUGUCGGAGCCGUCAAACAAGGUUAAGGAUGAUUCUGAGGCUGCACACAGGCGUGGAGGGAAGGACGCGGUGAUUGCCUGGUGCUGUCUGCCCCAAGGGUGCUUCGUGGUUGCCGAUCCCGGAAGAGAUUUCGUUGAAAGACAGCGUGUCAGUCAGGGCUCCCCAGAGGCACAGAAGUAUACACACAGGCGCACCCCAGAGAGUCUGCAGGCUCGGUUCCAGGCCACCACAGGAAAGCAAGUCUCACAAUGAAUGAGUCACACAAAUAUGUGGUUUCCUGGUGCAUCUAAACGUUGUUUUUACACUCUGUUGUGUGCAAUUGCAUUAUGUCUGAAGUAUGUACAUACUUUAAUUAAAAGUUAUUUAUUGGGG